AUGCUGGCUCCAGAAGGGCAUCUUCAGGUUCAGAGGGCAUGGAAGACACUUUGUGGUCAAGGCUCCGAUCUCUUCCAGCGAUUCAUGCGAUCCCUUGCUAUCGAGACGAAUCACGUCGAGAGCACGUUCCUUGUGACCGUCGGGUCAUCUCAAGAUCUCGUUCGCAGCGGUAUUGUAGCAAACUUGAUCGUGACGAAUGCGCAGAGCGAAGUUAAGGACCCGACCGUGAUCAAGUCUAUUCUCAACGAUACGCUAGGCGCCUAUGAGCUUCUACGCCCUCUUGUCCAAGAUCUGACCAAGCUUUCACCGGAGGCGAUCUGCGAGGUUCACCGUAGGCUACUGGAUACGGCACGAUUCAGAGGACGACAAUACAUCCCCACAGGCGUGAUGCGGACUGCUACGCGCAAGUCUGUCUACAUCCACGGUGGUCCAAAGGACUGGAUCCAGUGCUGCCCUCCUAGUAAGGUGGACGACGAGAUGUUUUAUAUUUGCGAGACCGCGCAGAAAUAUAUCAGGGAAGCAAGGAUGGACCCGUUCGCUCUGGCAGCCUGGCUUCAUCUGGUACUGGUGCGCUGUCACCCUUUCAACGACGGAAACGGCCGUACGGCGCGGCUAAUCUCGUCCAUCCCGCUCAUCAAGCAUGGAUACCCACCCAUCUCUAUCCCAUAUGAUGACAGAGGUGAAUACCUGAAGGCAAUUGAUAGAGCGUACAAGAAUGACUUCCAACCAUUAGCGACUUGCUUCCUGAAAGGUAUGCAGACGGCUCUCAAUGCGGCCAGGAAACGAGCCUCGGAAUCGGAUCGAGUUCGGUAG